UGGCAGGAUACAGAUGCAGAAACAAGAGAGAUAUCCACGUAAUAUACGCGGAGAGAGAGAGAGAGAAAGAGAGAGAGAGAGAGAGAGACAAAAGUGUCCCUAAUUCGUUGGACACAGUCUCUGCAUCUCUCUCUUGCUUGCUAACCUAAAGGCCAAAGAGAGGGAAUUUGAUUUGUGGGUUAAUUGAAUUGAUUUGGGAGAGAAACGAUGGCCGCACAACCAACAAGGGCGCGUGCUGAUUACGAUUACUUGAUUAAGCUUCUUUUGAUUGGGGAUAGCGGUGUCGGGAAGAGUUGUCUGCUUCUGCGCUUCUCUGAUGGUUCUUUUACAACCAGUUUCAUUACCACUAUUGGCAUUGACUUUAAAAUAAGAACUAUUGAGCUUGACGGAAAACGUAUUAAAUUGCAAAUCUGGGACACGGCAGGUCAAGAGCGCUUUCGCACUAUCACAACAGCCUAUUACCGUGGAGCCAUGGGGAUUUUGUUGGUGUAUGAUGUUACUGAUGAAUCUUCUUUUAACAAUAUAAGAAACUGGAUUCGCAACAUUGAACAACAUGCUUCUGACAACGUCAAUAAGAUACUGGUAGGAAACAAGGCAGACAUGGAUGAAAGUAAAAGGGCUGUGCCUACCUCCAAGGGUCAAGCUCUUGCUGAUGAGUAUGGUAUCAAAUUUUUUGAAACUAGUGCAAAGACAAACUUGAACGUCGAGGAAGUUUUCUUUUCAAUUGCAAGGGACAUCAAGCAAAGGCUUGCAGAAACUGAUUCUAAGUCUGAGCCUCAAACAAUCAAGAUUAACCAACCAGACCAGGGAGCUGGUGGUGGCGAAGCAGCGCAGAAGUCAGCGUGCUGUGGUUCAUAAAGCAGAUUUUAAAGUACAGACUGAGGGGGAAGUUUAUGCCCGCGGCACCUGUUGGGGUGUAAAAUUGAUUAUGAUGACAUUAUGCUGGGCCCAGAUAUCUGUGCCCUUGUUAUUUUCCCAAUUACCAACCUUAGCAUGUUUAAGGCAGUAUUUUUUUUCGCUUACUUUGUGGAAUUUAUGAUAUGACACCCUUUUUCGCGUUCUUUCCUUUGUUGGGGCUUGAACUCACUGGCUAGUCUUGAUGUAGAUAAGAUAAUCCAUAUUUAGCUGAUUUCACCUGAUAAAAUGUCUAGGGUUGUUUCUGGCCUUUCUCUUUC